UUGGAUUUGCGGAAGAAGCCUUUCAUUUUGGAUCCAAAAACAUAUCAUGAAGUUUACGCAAAGCAUGGCAAAGUUCAUAUUUUAGCUGAAAACUGGAACCUUUACAACGUCAAAAAACUUGAAGACUAUUACAAAAAAGUAGAAAGUAUUCGAGAUGCAAAAAGAAUAAUAAUAGAAAGAAAGUCAACCAUAAUCCAAACAGAAACUCCUAGUCAAUCUCAACAAUCAACACGAAGAAAUCAGGGCCGUAGUAGGGGCAGAGCACGUGGCCGAGGCAGUGCAAAUAUACGAAGAGAUCCUAGCGCACUUUUAAAUCACGUAUACUUUGGCGUGAAAGUCUUAAACACCUACUAUGGAGAUGAAUCAUCAGAAAAUGCCGUAUCAUUGUUAAAAAUGACAAAAACACAUCCGAGUUUACUACAAAGACUUUCAAUGGUUAAUGAACCAAAACCAAAGAAGAAAAAAGAUAAUUGGAUGGAUAAUCAAGAGCUUGAUUGGUUUAAAAACAAUAUAUUCCAUACCACACCAGUGGCAAUUGCUGAAACAAGUCAAAUAAAUGACGAAGACGAUGACCACAGUGAAGAUUGUGACUGUUGUGAACCAGAUGUGGGAGAAUUCGUAUAA